GUUGCUGCUGCCCUCCGCCGACCUAAUGACCCUGGCAGUCCGCAGCGAGCUGCUGCACCUGCUGCCCCCGCACACGCUGGCAGCCAUUGUCAACCGACUGCGGGUGCACUACAGCCGCCGGCAUGCCUCGACAGAGUCGGAUGCUGGGUCGCUGAAUGCCCCCGACGGCAGCACUUCAUCCGCAACCGCAUCCCAUCCGUCUCUCCACGAACCCAACCAGUCCUCCUUCUCGACCUCCGCCCCUUCUCCUGAGUCCUUCCCACAAGGCCGCAUGCCGGGUGCAGGCGGCCUGCAAGGCUUCCCGGAAGGUUUCGAACGAUCAGUAAUGCAGCAGCAGCAGCAGCCGCAGCAGCAGCAUGAACGACCCAUAGGUCAUCACCGCUUCUCAUCACGGCACCGCUCCUCAGACGAGGACUGCCCGCCCGCCAGCAUCGCCCUCGCGGGCCUGCUCGACGCCAUCAGUCGCCGCAUGCUGACGUCACCAUCGCACCAGCUGACGUCACUACGUCAAGAACACCAACCACCCUCUGCAACCGCCGCCCUAGGACCGCCCGCAUCGCAUGCAGCGGUCGGCGCCGCCAGUCGCUCGCUGCCUGCCGACCGACGAGUCGUCACGACCUCCGACCCGCCGCUGCUCUCCCUGGGGGUCGCCCAUGCACUGGCCUCGGUCCUGGUGACGGAUGGGGAGGUGGAGGCGCUCCCCCUGGCUCGAACUGUACGAGAUCUGGCGGGUCGCGUCACAGUGGCCCUGGCGGAACAGGCGCUGGCGGCGCCGCCGGUACGGCCCUUGUCAUCGUCGUCGGCGUCAUCGGCGGCGGCGUCAGGUACGGCAGCCGCCGUACUGACUGCUAGCGGCGGCGGUGGCGGCGGCGGCGGGAGUGCGAUAAGCGGCAACCGUGGCGCUGCAGAGGGGAUCGGGUUGGCGGCAUCAGCUGCUGCGGCGUUAAAGCUGUCGCCGACCGGGCGAGACGCAGCGGCGGCAGCAGCAGCAGCGGCAGCGGCGGCGAUACCCGUUCAGACGGCGGCGGCGGCUUCGGCCUCCGCGCCCUCUUCCUCCUCCUCGCCCGCAUCCUCGUCCUCCUCCCGCAGACUUCCGUUGUUGCUGCCGAGCCCCUGCGCACACUUGCAGCUGCUGCAAGUAGCUGCGCAACAGCAAUUGUACGGCAGUGCUAGCCCCAUCGGUAGCCCCAUCGGUAGCCCCAACCUCCUCGGCUGUAGCACCAGCAGGGACGGUGGUAGCGGUGGCAGCAGUAGCAGGCCUAUGGCGGGCAAGGGGUCGGACCUGCUGCAAGAGCUGCUUGGGUUGGCUCUUGACAGGCCACACAGCAGCAUUCAGGAGCGAGGAGGAGCUGGAGGAGGAGGGGAAGGGCGAGAGGCUGUGUCGGAGGCUCAGGGUUCACGACUGUCAUGGCUGUUGAAGGUUGCACGAGCGAUACUCGCUCGGCCGCCAGUGGAGGGCUGGAUGGAGAGCGCUGCCGUUGCGUCGUACAUGCAGCAGUGGAGGGAGGUGGAGGGCGGCGGCGGCGGCGCAGCUGCAUCUACGCCUCAGCAGCGGCAGCGGGAGCAGCAGCGGCAGCAAGAGGCCGAUAGGUUGCAGCAACAGCAGCAACAGCAGCAACGCGUCAUGCUACAGCUCCGGUUACUGUUGGAGGAGGUAGAGGAGCAGCUGGCGUUAUGGAGGGAGGAGCACGGCUUGACGCACGACAUGCAGGUUCAUGCAGGGCUAGCCGCUAGCGCAACCCAGAACCCGUUCGUCCUUCACCACUCGCCUUCCUCCGGGAGAGUCGUGGCCCGGCGGCAGCUGCAUGGUGGGGGUGACGAUGAUGGUCGCGGGAUGUGCCCUGCGGGGCGGGGGCAGCAGCAGGAUGGAGGUGGUGGGUCCGGCGCUGCCGCGGCCGCUGCUGCCGCUGCCCUGGGCGUUCCCUCGGGUGCCAUGAGGGCG